AUGCUAAAGGUGGUCAAUAAUUCCCAACUAGCAACUGGAGAAUUGACUGAAUCAUUGUUCAGGAACCUCAUUGCCCUUGAGCAAUGCUACCAUGCUCGUUGGAAUGAAAUCACAUCUUAUGUCGUCUUAAUGGAUACACUCAUCGUCUCGAGCAAGGACAUGAGGGUUCUGUGUAAUGCUGGGGUGAUAGCUAACUUGCUCAACGCUGAAGAUGGUACCAAGUUCUUCAACAAUCUUUACAAUGGCACUUGGCUCGAGACCUUUUACUAUGGUGAACUUUGUGAUAAAGUAGACAAAUAUUAUGACGAAGAAUGGAACGUAUGGUGGGAAUUGAUGAAGCGUGGCAAGUUUUCUAGCCCAUGGAAAAUUAUUUCCCUCAUUUUAGCCAUUAUCCUGCUUGGUCUCACCCUUUGGCAGACCGUCUAUAACAUCCACGACCACAUAUAA